AUGGAGAAUAACGAGGCAGAUAACUGGAGGGAUAUGGUCACGAAGAUGCUCCCACCAGGCCGAGCCCCUCGACUUGAACCCGGCCCAAUCCCAACUGCCGACCCUCUUUCGGAGUCCAGACGAUCCGUGGCCCGCGACUCGGCCCCUGUGAUCGAGCCUAUCCCCCUCCCUAGAAGAAGACUGUCCCAGAGCACCGAGUCAGUUGUGUCCGUUUUGCAGAACGAUGAUUUCUCUUCACGAUCGGGCUCGGGCUCGGGCUCGCCGGGCUCGGUCCACAGCUGGCAAGACGGGCCACUCCCUCCAAACGAGGCAAGGCGGCCUAUGGUGGUGACUUUCAACACGGCUGAUAGGUCUGAGCGGCAAUUGGCCGAUAGGGAAAAGCAGGUUCUCCCCGAAUUUGUGGUGGGCUUAGCCAAGGAGAAGAAGAAGAAGAAGAAAAAGAGGAAAAAGGCGAGGGUUUGCUAUAGGUGCGGGAAAGGGAAGUGGGAGAUUAAAGAAAUAUUGCAGCAACUGUGUGCUCCGAGCCAUGGGCUCGAUGCCCGAAGGACCCCAUUGGAGGUUAAGCAUAUCAUGAAGGCCGAGAAGGAGUGUGUGGCCAAUCAGCUCCGGCCGGAGCAAUUGAUUGUGAACGGGUAUCCUUUGAAGACGGAGGAGAUGGCGGAGCUUUUCGGGUGCCUUUUGCCGCCUAGGAAGUUGAAGCCGGGCACGUAUUGGUAUGAUAAGGAAUCAGGUCUUUGGGGAAAGGAGGGAGAGAAGCCUGAUAGAAUUAUUAGUUCGAAUUUGAAUUUUACGGGUAAACUAAGCCCGAGCGCGAGCAAUGGGAAUACUGAGGUGUACAUGAAUGGUCGAGAAAUUACGAAGCUUGAGCUGAGAAUACUGAAGGCAUCAACUCGGUUCGUGUGUUCCUUGUUCUCUCUGCCUGUUCCUCAAGGUCAGCCUCAUGGGCUAAAGGAUGAGCCUAGCAACUACACGACUGUACCGAGUUAUCUUGAGCCGAAAAAAAAGUUUCAGAAGCUUCUUCUUUUUGGACUGCAAGGCUCUAGUACCAGCACCAUUUUCAAGCAGUAUCUCAGCAUCCUGCUUGAUGCUCGAGAACGUUUUGAGGAGGAAGAUUUAUUAGAGAGAAGAAGGCAAGCUUCUGACGAAGAAGCUGCUGAAGCAGCAGCAACACGCGAAUAUGCCCCGCUUGUUGAGGAAGUAUGGAAAGAUCCUGCUAUUCAGGAGACUUAUAAGAGAAAGAAUGAACUCCACUUUCUUCCAGACGUAACCGAGUACUUCUUGAGCAGGGCAGUUGAAAUAUCGAGCAACGAGUAUGAACCUUCAGACAAAGAUAUACUGUUUGCUGAAGGGGUGACUCAAGGUAAUGAGCUGGCUUUUAUGGAGUUCUCAUUGGACGAUCGAAGCCCAAUGUUAGAAACUUACAAAGAAAAUAUGGAAUCUGGGCCCUCACCUCUCACCAAGUACCAGCUGAUCCGAGUCAACGCCAAGGGCUUGAACGAGGGUUGCAAGUGGGUCGAGAUGUUCGAGGAUGUUCGUGUGGUCGUCUUCUACGUGGCCCUCAGCGAUUAUGAUCAGGUGUGGGUGUCUUCAGACGCUUCUUGUGAGCCCCACCUCACGAACCAUAUGAUUCAAAGCAGGGACUUCUUCGAGUCCAUGGUCAAGCACCCGUGCUUUAAGGACACUUCAUUUGUCCUCGUCCUCAACAAGUAUGAUUUGUUCGAGGAAAAAGUCAACUGGGCCCCGCUCGGGAAAUGCCAUUGGUUCAGUGACUUCAGCCCGGACCUUUACGCUUCCUUAACUGGCCGGAAGAUUUUCGUCUGGCAGACACGGGCCCGAGAGAGGCCCACAGUGGACGAGGCCUUCAAAUACAUACGAGAGGUCGUGAGAUGGGACGAGGAGAAGGAGGAUAUGUACUAUGCAGCCGGAGGGGAGGACUCGUUUUACAGCACAAUUGACGUGAGCACGUCCCCAUUUGCCCGCCAAGAGUGA